AUGUCCAAAAGAUCAAGAAAGGAAUCCAGCCAUGAGCCGACACAGCAAACACGAUCCAAGAAACAAGUCGUCCAUGAACCGUUAACACCUUAUCUUGAACGAUUGGAACGCCUUUUUCGCUCCGUCAACACAUUUUGUGCUUUCUGCGAUGCUCGAUUAACUACUGCCAUGACCUUUUCGGCCAUAAAGUCAUCAGUGCCCGAAGUAGAGUUACGAGAUCUUGCUGCCAUCAAUGUCAUUAUACCUGAUUUUGUCCAAUUCAGUUCCCCCUCCGAAGACGCCACACAUAAUGCAGCGGUAGAUCCGCAGUCCAUGAUUGUAAUUCAGUUUGGCAAGGCGAUCAGCAAACGGGCAGCUCGAGACAAACAUGCUUUAAGCGUCGGCAACCGGGGCGACGAUUGGCAUUUCAGAGGUCAGGAAGUCAAACCUGUGAAGCCUGAAGCGAUUCGGAAAGCCAUUGAUAAACGCAACAAACAGUUUACCGAAGCGCUGCAGCGGCUGAUACGAUCCUGCCACAAAAAGAAUAUCAAUGUAGAUACCCACAUCAACACCUCUUUGGGGCAGCAUAUGCCUGGAUCUGUAUCUAUCCCAACCGAACCGCCCCACGCCGUGACUGAGUUACCCUCAAGUGAUGAACCCGUUGAUAUGGCACAGAUUAUUGAGCGUUUACAACUUCAAUCCUUUUAUCGAGGUCAGAUUGAUCAAGACCACCGACGUACCUUUCCAUCAAAGAUAGGUCGUUACGGAAAUUUGGAUCCCCCUGUGGCACCAGAGAUAGCACACGCUCUCCAAGAAAAAGGCAUCAACCAACUCUACAUCCACCAAGCCGAAGCUUUGGCAGGUUUGCGAAACGGUCAGCAUGUCAUUGUCGCUACUUCAACAGCUAGUGGAAAAUCACUCAUCUAUCAGAUUCCGGUAUUGGAAGCCCUGCUGCAAUGUAAAACAGCCAGAGCAAUGUACCUAUUUCCAACCAAAGCACUCGCUCAAGAUCAAGUGAGAGUGCUCCAACAAUUUAUCCAAGGCAUUCCUGAUCUUCACGAUAUCAUGAUCCGAACUUUUGAUGGAGACACACCCACAGAACAACGCGCUGAUAUAAGGGAUAAUGCGCAUGUAAUUUUCAGCAAUCCCGACAUGCUUCAUCACUCUAUUUUACCCAAUGCAUCAAGGUGGCGAUGGUUCCUGCAAUCGCUGAAAUAUGUUGUUGUCGACGAAAUCCAUGUGUAUAACGGUCUUUUUGGGACGAAUGUGGCACUAAUUAUGCGACGAUUACGCCGCCUGUGCCAUCAUUAUGGCAACGAUCAGGUUCAGUUUGUCUCUUGUAGCGCCACCAUUGGUUCACCCGAUGUACAUAUGCAACGUCUAUUUGGUAUUGAUAACGUCAAGCUCGUCACGGAAGACGGCUCUCCUUGUGGACAAAAGGAAUUCAUUUUAUGGAAUCCUCCUCUUAUCAAUCCAAUGGAUCCUCAAUUUGGAAGGAAGAACGCUAUUGCCGAAGGCGCUCAACUGCUGGAAUACCUUCUCAAGAACAAUGUCCGCACUAUCGCGUUUUGCAAGAUCCGUAAAGUUUGUGAAAUGUUUAUGAAACAAUUGCGCGAUAAUUUGGAGGGACAGCAACGACAGGAUCUACUGAACCGUGUGAUGGCGUAUCGAGGCGGCUACACUCCGCAAGAUCGACGACGCAUUGAACGGCGACUCUUUAACGGCGAGCUGUUGGGUGUGGUUGCUACGAACGCUUUGGAGUUGGGGAUCGAUAUUGGCUCUUUAGAUGCGGUAUUGAUGAUUGGCGUGCCUUGGUCGAUUGCUGCUCUAUGGCAACAAUCGGGACGCGCUGGUCGACGUAAUGCGGAUUCACUUUCCAUGGUGGUCGCUGACCAGAAUCCGUUGGAUCAAUACUAUUCGCGUCAUCCGGAAGCGUUAUUUGAGCAAACGCCCGAGCAGCGUCAAUUUGAAGUGGACAAUUCGCUCGCGUUGGAGAGCCAUUUGCAGUGUGCAGCGGAAGAAUUGCCUAUUGAUAUCCACAAAGACGCCGAGUUUUUUGGCCCUAAUAUCGAGACGAUCUGUGCCGAGCACCUCACACCGAUUAAUCAGGAAAAGAGCCUUUAUCGACCUCAUCCGCAAUUCCGACCUUACCCGUCGCAAUUUGUCAAUAUCCGAAACAUUGUGGACGAGACCUAUGCGAUUGUAGAUGUAACAGGAGGAAGAAAUGUGAUUAUUGAAGAAAUCGAGUCUUCUCGCGCUCCAUUUGAAAUAUAUGAAGGCAGAGUGCAUUUAACGCGCGUGGAUUGGACAACGCAGCAGCGCGAUUUUACCAACGUCAACGCACUGAGUACAACCAUGUGCAAACCUAUAAAAACCCACUCUCCGAAUACAGUGAGUUAUGGCAAAGUGCAAGUGGAAACUGUGGUUUUCGGGUACUAUAAACUGGACAAACGCAAGCGAAUCAUUGACAGUUUGGAUGUUUACAUGGAUCCGUUAAUUCGCGAAUCAACGGGAAUCUGGACAGACGUGCCAAGGUCUGCUCUGAUGCAAUUAGAACAGCUCGAUAUUGAUCCCAUGGCUGCGAUCCACGGAUCAGCCCAUGCGUUGAUAUCGUUGCUACCAAAAUUCACCUUUUCCAGUGUUGGCGAUAUCCGUACCGAGUGUAAGAGCCCGCAUGCGACACGGCAUCGUCCCAACAGAAUUGCACUGUACGAAACGCAGCCUAGCGGUGUAGUCCGACAAGCGUAUCAACACUUUGACAAUCUUGUUGUGAGGUGUGUCCAACAAAUCGAAAACUGUGCCUGUGAAGACGGCUGUCCUUCGUGUGUACAUCUACCGACAUGUUCUGAGCAUAACGUGCUAUGUUCAAAGGCUGGCGCGCUAAUCAUUUUCCAGGCACUUCAAAAUAACAAUGCUUGA